GGGGGCUCCCCGAGGACUUCCUGAGCUCCCUGGAGAAGGCGGAGGAUGGCAAGCUGAAGGUCACCCUCAAGUACCCCCAUUACUUUCCCCUGAUGAAGAAGUGCCACGUGCCUGAGACCCGGAAGCGGAUGGAGGAGCGGUUCAACUCCCGCUGCAAGGAGGAGAACUGCCGGAUCCUGCAGCAACUGGUAGAGCUGCGGGCCCAGAAGUCGGCGCUCCUGGGGUUUGAGACCCACGCGGCCUUUGUGCUGGAGAUGAACAUGGCCAAGGAGUGCAAGACGGUGGCCUCCUUCCUGGACGAGUUGGCGGCCAAGCUGAAGCCGCUGGGCGAGAAGGAGCGAGCGGUCAUCCUGGGCCUGAAGCAGAGGGAGUGUGAGCAGCGGGCGCUGCCCUUCGACGGGCGCAUCAACGCCUGGGACAUGCGCUACUACAUGAACCAGGUGGAAGAGACCCAGUACAGCGUGGACCAGAACCUGCUGAAGGAGUUCUUCCCCAUGCAAGUGGUGACCGACGGCCUGCUGGGCAUCUACCAGGAGCUGCUGGGGCUGACGUUCCGCCGGGAGGAGGAUGCCCGGGCCUGGCACGAGGAUGUCCAGCUCUACACCGUGCAGGACCUGGCCUCCGGAGAGACCCUCGGCCAGUUCUACCUGGACCUUUACCCGCGGGAGGGCAAAUACGGGCACGCGGCCUGCUUUGGGCUGCAGCCCGGCUGCCUCUUGCCGGACGGCAGCCGCCAGACCGCCGUGGCCGCCAUGGUGGCUAACUUCACCAAGCCGACGCAGGAGGUGCCUUCCCUGCUGCAGCACGACGAGGUGGAGACCUACUUCCACGAGUUCGGCCACGUGAUGCACCAGCUGUGCUCCCAGGCCGACUUUGCCAUGUUCAGCGGGACCCACGUGGAGCGAGACUUCGUGGAGGCCCCGUCGCAGAUGCUGGAGAACUGGGUGUGGGAGAAGGUGCCCCUGCAGCGCAUGGCCAGGCACUACAAGACGGCCGAGCGCAUCCCCUCCGAACUGCUGGAGAAGCUCAUCCGCUCCCGCCAGGCCAACACCGGGCUCUUCAACCUGCGGCAGAUCGUCUUGGCCAAGGUCGAUCAGGCGCUUCACAGGCAGCCGAAAGCGGAUCCCGCCGAGGAAUACGCCCGGCUCUGUGAGGAGAUCCUGGGGGUCCCAGCCACGCCGGGUACCAACAUGCCGGCCACCUUCGGCCACUUGGCAGGAGGCUACGACGCCCAAUACUACGGCUACCUGUGGAGCGAGGUUUACUCCAUGGACAUGUUCUACACCCGCUUCAAGCAGGAGGGAGUCAUGAACUCUAAGGUGGGGCUGGACUACCGGAACUGCAUCCUGCGGCCAGGCGGGUCAGUGGACGCUGCGGAGAUGCUGCUCCAGUUCCUUGGAAGGUCCCCCACCCAGGACGCCUUCCUGGAAAGCAAGGGGCUGGCCGUGGCCCCCGGCCCCCUGCCCUCGGCGUGCUGAGCGCCUGCUGCCCCUCCGUGGGACAGCCGGGGACAUGGCCCUCUCCCGGGGGCUGCCCCUGUGGUAGAUUUAGUGGUGUGCUUGGAUUGAAGCU